AUGGCUAGUUGUGGAGGGCAUGUUGGUGGGUCCAACAACAAUGAUGAAGUGGUGGGUGGAGCAUCUUCUUUUAUUGAUGAUGGCAUGGUAGGUGGGAGCCCAUUUAUGGGUUUUGAAAGUGGAUUAAUGGAUGUUGAUGGUGGGUUGAUGGGUCCUCUUGACGAGGUCAAUGCCAUUUAUGGCUUUGCUCCUACCAUCAUUAAUGGUGGAGGUGGGAUGUGGGAGGAUGGAUUGGGUGGAUUAGAUGGGUUUGAUGGCUCCAUGCUUGGUGGGUCAUCGGGUGGUAUGGAUGUCGAUAUGAUGGUGAUGGACGGUUCGGAUCUUGAUGGGAUGCCCUUAGAUGGUGGGGAUGGUAGGUUGGUCGGCUUGGAUGGUGCGAAUGGGAUGGAUGGGAAUGGGAUGGAUGGCGGGCCCCAUUUCGAUGGAUCGGGUUUGGUGAGCGGUUUGGAUUUGAAGGGUGAUAGACCCCUUGUCGGCGGAUUAGGUUAG